AUGGGUUCCGCACGCGACGCCAUCCUGGAGGCGCUGGAGAACCUGACGGCUGACGAGCUCAAGAAGUUCAAGAUGAAGCUGCAGACGGUAAAGAUGCGUGAAGGCUACCGGCGCAUCCCACGGGGCACGCUGCAGACUGCGGACGCCAUCGACCUCACUGACAAGCUCGUCAGCUUCUAUCUAGAGGAGUAUGGCGCUGAACUCACGACGUUGGUGCUGUGUGAAAUGGGCAUGCAGGAGACCGCUGGACAGCUGCAGGAGAUCAUGCGCCAGAGUGAGUGCCCCACUUCCUCAUACAGGGCCCCAUUGCAGACGGCAGCCAACCCAGGGCUGCACUUUAUCGAUGAGCACCGGGCAGCCCUCAUCUCGAGGGUGACGGCAGUGGGCGGUGUGCUGGACGCCCUACAUGGGUCGGUUCUGACUGAGGAGCAGUACCAGGCAGUGCAGGCAGAACCCACCGAUAUCAUGAAGAUGAGGAAGCUUUACAGCUUUGCGCCGGCCUGGAACCGAAACUGCAAGGACCUGUUCCUCCAGGCCCUGAAGAAUACCCAGCCUUACCUGGUGGAAGACCUGCAGAGAUGA